GCGGUUUAGUCCAAAUUUUCUGAAGAAACUCAAUCACUUUAAAAAAAAAAGUAUAUACUAUCAAUCAGAGGGCAAAAGGCGUGCAGUAGAUUGUGUUUCAGCGAAGUUUUGAUAAUUUAGAUAAUUUAGAAGCCUUAGAAAUUUGUGUAUGAAAUAAGAUACAGUAGGCUUUAUAGGGUUAAAUGAUUCAUAAUGCUACAGCUGAAAGACUAUUCAAAUGAUUUGCCUUUAAUUGUUUAGAGUUUCUAAACCAUGUUACAACCAUGUUUCUACAAAUCUGUUCACACAGGACAAAUGUAUUUCUAAUAGCCUUUCCUUAUUGCUUCAGUGAUUCAGCUUUUCAUUAUGCUGAUAAAUGGCUUGUGGAUUUUUAUGGCAGAUGCUCCAGUGUAAUGUCUGUUGCAAGCUGAUGUCAGUGUCCCUUGAAAACAAACAUGAGAUCACUAUGGAAAUACCAUCAGACAAGCAGAGGAAAGUCAUUUGUUAAUUACUGCAAUAAUAUUUUUGCCCACUUGAAUCACUGUGCAGUUCAUGGCCCGUAAAACUUCGGCUCUUGUACCACACCUGCGACAACAACACCUGCUAUUUUCAUGCAGUAUGCACAAUAUGCAGAACACCCUAAAUACAUUUGAAGAAUGCAUGGCAUUUAAAAAAAUAUAAUAACGCACAGUUGGCCGUCGCAUGUGGGAAAAAUUUGCCAAGAAUGAAGCUCAUAGUCUUGGUAUCCUUGGGGAAAAGAGAACAGCAAUAAAGCAAAAUACACACACUCACACACACAAAACAAACAGACUCAACUAGCUGGGCAGCAGUGAGGCGUAUUGUAAGGACGUAUCCCAGAAAGCCUGUCUCGUCAUCACAGACGUAUGGCCCGGUCCAACUCUUGUCAUGCUGUUUACGUAAACACAACGUUUCAAUUCUGCCAUUCACAGCACCUUCUGCAAACAGAAUCUGUCAAGCUGUAAACAUGGAGUGACAAAAAGUGUGGCGUCCACUCUGACGCACAACAGUAAAUCCUCCGCAAGAGUUCAAGAGUGCCAAUAGCCAAUGUAGUACUCUUUUAAUUUAUCCUAUGUAAAUUGAAAACAUAUUAGACUUUUGUUUAUCUGAAACUCUGUUGGCAAUGAUUUUCUUCUCCUGCACUGAAUUGCCGGGUUUGACCUCGUCUUAUUCUUUCUCUAAACAUUAAGUCAUGGCCUGCUUAGGCCAUUAUCAUGCAAACUGAUGUCAUUGCUACUAUAGAUGACAUCGAUAAAUUGUUUAAGCAUCCAGUCUAGCCCGACAAAGCAAUUGACUGGACCAAUGGUGUGAGUUUGACCACUGAGGCAUGGGGAGAUAUGAUCAGGAAAAAUGUCAGCAUUAAGACAUACAUUAUAAUUACUGUUGCUAUCCACUUUGUGCUGUAGACAUGAAUGAUACCUCACAUUGUGCAGCUUGUUAAGGAGAGGGGUGUUCUGUUGCUCUGUUACUUUUUUAAGUGAUGAGACUGUUCCUGAAAGUCUUUUUCACCUGACAGAUAAUGAAAAAUCCUAUUGGCCUACAUUGUAGGAAAGAUUUGAGUCUUGAGACUGGAAUAUCUUGGGGGUGAUUUUAUAGUAUGUAAUCACCGGUCCCACUUUAUAUUAAGUGUCUUUAACUACUAUGUACUAAUAUUUAAAUUAAUAAUUUGAAACAAUGCACUUAUUGUGUACAUAUGUUUUUACAUUGUACUUAUAUUUAAAAAAAUAUAUAGUCUGCAUGUAAUUACAAUUGUAAUUAAUUUCUGUAAUGACAUCUAUAAUUACACUGUUGACACUUCCUUUCACCUUAACCCACAAUUAAACUUAACCAGACCACCAAAUCUGUCACUAACCUUAUGCAUAAUUUUAAUACAUAUGUAACUAAUCCUAAACCAUACCCUUUCCUAGAGUAUGAGUAUAUAAUUAAUAUUGUGAAUAAUAUUUAACUGUGCAUGUUCAUUUCCUCUGUUUUUACAUUUAGAUUUCCUUUGUGUCAUCUAACACAAAUUAAAAAAAAAAAACCUUUAAAAAUACAUUUCACUACUUUUAUACUUUAAAACAAAAAUAACACUGUUAAAUGUAACCUUUAUCAAAUUCCAAAGUGAAUAUACUUUUCAUACUGUACAUUUAUAAUGAUGUGAUGCCUAAAUUAACUUGUAGCAUUUAAGUGCUACAGGUGUUUCAUUUGUUUAACAAAAUAGUAUAGAAUUUGAAUUUUGGUUAUUAUAAGCUAAAAAAAAAAAAUAUUAUCGGCUUAUUGGUAUCUGUAACAGUGAGCUGUAGUAGAAUUCAAAUAUGCUGCAUGACUGUAACGGUGUGUGACCGCAGAAGGAAGAAGACAGGAGAAGCAGGUUUCCAAAAGAACUCAAAAAGGUUUAAUAAUAACUCAAAGGGCAGGUAAACACCCAAAAUACAACAGUGACAGGACAAAGAGUGAACAAACCAAGGAAUACUUAUACACUUAAGACACAUCUGAAACAAGGACACUAAUCAAAUCAGAAACCAAGACAACUAACUAAUGGCGGGAAAACUAAACGGAGGACGUGACAAACAGAACAUGGUGCAAAAACAAACAGACAUGUAUAAAAUCCCUGUUGAACUCUUAUUUUGAAUUCGUUAGUGACAUCACAUGUGGGCGGAGUCAGGGACAUGCCCAAACAAGUUCAGUUAAAGACUGCUCUGCUGCUGCAACGAGACAGAUCAUAGUUUGUUUGAUGUGUGUGCGUUCUUGACAACAAACCACACACUUACACACAAACUGUAUCAAACCCAAACUGCUGGAUUAUUGGAAUAAAUCAAUGCUUGAGAACAGAAGCUGUCUUGAACUUUGCCUAUAAACCUUCUGAUCGAGGUUGAGGAUUAGAUGUUGGCAAGCCAGUGCAUCCACGCACAUACAUCUUUAACAAAGUGGUCCUUCGAGCCGGAUUCAACAUCUCAUCCUCAUGGCAGCAUCACAGGAUUACACUGAAGAACAACAGGGUCUCCGUCCUAGCAGGAUCCGUCGAAUUCCUGGACAUCUGGAGGACUUUGUACUUACUUCCCAACCACGGCAGCUCGUUCCACCCUCUUUGCAAGAGGAUUUACAGCAUAUGCAUAUUAGUGAGACUGUCUCUGCUACCGAUGUGGACUAUCGAACUUCUACUCCUGAGAGACGUUGGACUGAGCAAUAUGCUGAGACUACAAGGUUACGUAGAGUGGAGGAGUGUGUUUGGAACGUUCAAGAGCAAAUCAGGGAAUUACAAAGCACAUUACAAAUGUCUAUCGAGCAAGGCAAAGGUUCACCACGCAUGCAUCAGGACUACUACCAUGCCGCAGGUGCUGGACAUCAAAAGUCAGUCCCUCACUUAAGCAGUCAACAGCAGUCCAUCCAGCAACGUAGUGCCAGCUUGCCUCUUAUCUAUGCAGACACAAGACCAGGUUCUCAAAGCCCUGAUAACAUUGAAGUAUUAAAGUACUCUUCUCAAAUAAUACCUGCACGCUCAUCAACCACAGCAAUACCUCAGCUACAGAGUCAGCCUCCAGUCCAGCUGCCACAAGGGUUAUUACCUCAAUCUCAACAGCCCUUGUCUCGUCCAGCAUCUGUCCCUAUUACUGAACGUCAUGUAGCACGACAUGAGCCACGCCCAGAGUCUGCUCCAGCAGGUAUGAUACAUCAGCCAUACGUUUAUCAACAGACUGGUGAUCGUCAGCAGACAUAUCAGCCACAAGUCCCAUCCUUUGCACAACAACGUGUACCUCCAAUGACAUCAUCUACGUCUAUGGUGUACCGAACUGUACCUAGCAAACCACCAGUUUAUGCACCUUCGAUGACACCUGUGCAGAGCAACACUGUGAAUCCCAAUUACGUACAACCACAGUUCACACAGUCAUUUCCAGCAUUUGCUCCAGCACAGCCUCUGAUGUCUCAGUUCUCAGAACCUCCUGCACUGCAAUCUGUAAAUUAUUCAGAUCCCUACACACAGGGUUAUAGACCUACCAGACUCCUAGACGCAAUACCUCAGCCACAAUCAUAUUCUGCACCUUUCCCUUCCACUGUACAGCCAGUACAAGUUCCAAGCAUGGUGGAGAUGGCUAUCGCUUCCUCUUAUGGAAUACCUAAACCUAAGCUCAUUCAUUUCACCACUGGGAAGGAGAGUGAUUUUGCUCUGUUAAAAAAGGGACUUGAUGGCAUUCUGGGCCCACAUCUCCAUUUAACGGAGGACUAUAAAUUCCAAGUGUUACUUGAUCAUCUCAAAUUACCAGCUGCCUUUCAGAUAGCUAAGAGAUACAUGUAUGACCCCAUGCCUUAUACAAGAGCCAUGCAAGCUUUGCAACAGCGCUAUGGACAGCCCAGACAACUUGUACAGGGAGAGAUCGGCAACAUUCUCCGCACACCUCCACUGAAACCAGGAGAUGCUCAAGGUUUUGAGGACUUUGCAUUAUCAGUUAGUACUCUUGUUGGCCUCCUUAAUACAUUAGAGGGGUCUUCCAAGACAGAGCUUAUGUGUGGUUCCCAUGUCGACAGAUUGCUCACUAAGCUUCCAUCCUCUCAUAGAGAUAGCUUUGUUGAAUACUGUAUGACCAAGGGCAUUAUCCAGAAUGGGACUGAUAGAACCUACUCUCUUCCUGAGUUUGCAGAGUGGCUUGAGAGGAAAUCACAAGCGCUUCAGAUAUCAAGGAGAGCAGCUGAUCUCUACAGUCCAGAUAGACCUCGCUCUGAGAAUAGAGAACAGAAAACCCUGAAGCCACCGAAGAUACAGUCCACAAUCUACUAUGGCAUAGAUCAUGCGACAGAAAAGCCCUCUGCCUCAUCUACCUCGUCUUUCCAAACAAAGAAAGAGCAGACAAAAGUCAAGAAACGGGAAAGCUUUAAGCCGUACUGCCCCUUCUGCAAAUGCCAACAGCAUUACCUCAACUCUUGUCCUGAAUUUGGUAAACUGAAUGUUGCACAAAUAACAGCAUGGAUAAAGGACAACAACAGAUGCUGGAGAUGUGGUAGAGGUCAUGAGCCUGCAAACUGCACCUUAAAAAAGCCAUGUUCCAACUGUGGUGAACAACACUUGUCAAUUCUUCAUGAAACCGCAUCCAACAUCAACAAGAGCAUCCUUACUGUGAAUACAGUACCCCGCACAGUUUACCUCGAUCAAGAAACUCACUCUGGUAGAGUCAUGUUGAAAGUUGUUCAGGUCAGACUCCAUAGCAAAGGGAGAACAUUGGACACAUUUGCCAUUCUAGAUGAUGGGUCUGAAAGGACCAUAGUUCUCCCCACAGCAGUGCAUUACCUUGAUCUGGAGAAGGGUGCAUCAGUCUCAUUUGAAGUGUCUGCAUCUGUGAAUCCAAGCAUUCGUCACAAGAUACAUACUGCUUUUACUGCACAAGAGCUGAACAUUGCCAAACAAUCCUGCCCUGUGGACAUUUUAAAGCACAAGUUUGUACAUCUGAGAGACGUUCCCAUUAUUCCUUUCAAAGAUGUACAGCCUAUGCUCCUUAUCGGUUCUGAUUACCCAGAUCUCAUCACACCGAUAGCUCCAGUACUUAUGGGCCCAUUAGGUAGUCCUGUUGCAGUUAGUACAAGUUUGGGCUGGGCCAUCCAGGGUCCAACUACAUUCCUUGACCAGCCAUUGGACACUACUUGUCUGAACAUUUCGCUGUUCCACUCUUCCACACAAGAUCUGUCUCAUCAUGUUGAAAAGUUAUGGCAAGUAGACAUACUUCCCUUUCAGCCUGUGAAAGACAUGACACGAUCCAAGCAGGACAGAGAUGCUCUUCAAAUGCUGGAAACUAAAACAAAGAGAGUAGAAGUGGAUGGAGUCUCUCGCUAUGCAACUCCUCUUCUUCGCAAAGGGAAUGCAAAGGUCUUGCAUGCAGGUCCAGAAUCAGUCAUGGCUCUUCUAAGGGCCACUGAGCGCCGUUUGAAUCGAAAUUCAGAGCUUGCAGAAGUCUACAAGAAAGAAAUACAUAAACUGGAGCAGGCAGGGUAUGCAACAAAACUCACUCCUGAAGAGGCUACGAGUUCAGAUGAGUCAUGGUUUAUUCCCCACCACCUUGUGCAUCACAACAACAAAGCCAGGGUUGUGUUCAACUGUUCUUAUCAGUUCCACCAAGCUUCACUGAAUGAUCAGUUACUUCCAGGACCUACAUUGGGUCCAUCAUUGCUGGGAGUUCUUCUCAGAUUCAGACAAUAUCCUGUGGCCAUCAGUGGGGACAUUCGUUCAAUGUUUCACCAAGUGCGCCUCCUUCCAGAAGAUCAGCCUUUGUUACGUUUCUUGUGGAGAGAUCUGGAAAAGGAGAGAAAUCCUGACAUCUAUGAGUGGCGUGUUCUUCCAUUUGGGACCACAUGCAGUCCAUGCUGUGCCAUCUACGCCCUCCAGCGUCUUGUCAUGGACCAUCGCGAAGGCAAUGAAGAUAUAGUAGACUCAGUAUUGAAAUCCUUCUAUGUGGAUAACUGUUUGCAGUCCCUUUCCACAACUGAUGAGGCCAAACAGCUCAUAGACAAGAUGAGAGCUUUACUAUCUGCUGGGGGAUUUGAAAUACGACAAUGGGCCAGUAACUACCCAGAGGUAAUUGCUCAUCUACCAACUGAAGCAAGGUCGGAAAACUGUGAACUAUGGCUGACUGUAAACAAGACAGACCCACAAGAGUCUACACUCGGGCUCUCUUGGCACUGCACCUCUGACAAGCUUGGCUAUCGAAAUCGCCCACUACCCACAGAGGAGCCCACCAUGCGCAAUAUUUAUAGAGUGCUAGCCUCUCAAUAUGACCCUCUUGGUUAUAUUUUGCCUUAUACCACUCGAGCUAAAAUCUUUGUUCAAGCUCUGUGGAUAAACAAAAGAGGUUGGGAUGACUGCAUUGAAAAGGAGAUGCUUGGCAAAUGGCAAGAGUGGACCAAUGAACUGCAGUAUCUUCCCAUGGUAGGCAUGCCAAGGUGCUAUUUCCCAGUCUGUCCAGAACCUGACAAUGACAAGAUUGAGUUGCACGUGUUCUGUGAUGUUUCUGAGAGGGCUUACGGUUCAGUGGCAUAUCUGCGUCUCCAAGACAAGGAGGGAAGUAUUCAUACCUCAUUUGUUAUGGCUAGAUCCCGUGUUGCACCCAAAAAGCAACUAUCAAUGCCCCGACUGGAACUGUGUGGUGCCCUUACCGGAGCACAACUGGCUAGACUCCUCUUAACUGAAAUGACUCUACCCAUCAAUAACACUAUUCUCUGGACAGACUCCACUACAGUUCUCACUUGGAUCAAAUCUGAAUCCUGUCACUACAAGGUGUUUGUUGGCACACGGAUUGCCGAAAUACAGGAAUUGACCAGUGUAGAGAACUGGAGAUAUGUGGAAUCAGAUCUAAACCCUGCUGAUGAUAUUACAAGAGGGAAAUCUCUCUAUGAACUCUCUCAGGUAUGUCAGUGGAACCAGGGCCCUUACUUCCUCCAGCAGUCACCAGAAAACUGGCCCACACCACCUACCUUAUCAUCCACUGAUGAGAAUGAGCUAAGAAAAUCAUUUUUCUGUGCUCAUGUUGCUGUUCUUCACUCCUCCCUACCAGAUCCAGAGCAGCACCCAACAUGGUCAGACUUGGUUCAAACUACCUACCAGUCUGUACAUGGGGCCUUAGCACCCUCAAUGUCAGCCUCACAACGCAUUGAUACUGAACUGCUUCUUCUCAGACAAGCGCAGCAGGAUAGUUUCCCUGAUGAAUUCCAUGCACUUCAGAAUGGCAAGGUUAUACGUGCUAGCAGUAGGUUAAGUACUUUGUCACCUGAAUAUGAUCAAACCUUGGGAGUAAUUCGGGUCGGAGGUCGCCUUCGCAAAGCUGAGAAACUUGAUGUUGAUACCUUGCAUCCUAUUGUAUUAGCACCUGAUCACCCCAUCACUAAACUCAUAAUACAAGACUAUGACAACAGACUUCUUCAUCCUGGUCCUGAGCGUGUCUUUGCGGAGUUGCGAAGAACUUACUGGAUUAUCCGAGGCAGACAAGCCAUAAAGAAACUUCAACACCAGUGCAAAGAAUGCAGGAAAUGGCGCGGUAAUCCAGUCAACCCUAAAAUGGCUGAUCUCCCUGCUGCUCGUCUUCGCUUAUACCAACCUCCCUUCUGGUAAACUGGAGUCGAUUGCUUCGGACCUUUUACAGUAAAAAUGGGCAGAAGACAUGAAAAACGAUGGGGAAUCGUUUUCAAGUGUCUCACCACAAGGUGUAUCCACUUAGACCUCCUGCAUAAUAUGGAUACUGACUCCUUUCUCAUGGCUUUACGUCGCUUUGUUGCCCGAGGAGGCAAACCCUUUGAGUUAAUAUCCGACCAGGGUACAAAUUUCAGAGGUGGGAAUCGAGAACUCCAAGAAACCUUCUCUGCACUUGAGCCAGAAAUCAAAGAAAAACUGAGUGAACAGAGUAUUUCCUUUCAGUUUAAUCCUCCACAUGCACCUCAUUUCGGUGGAGCCUGGGAGCGUGAAAUACGCUCUAUUAAAUCCUGUCUUCAAGUAGUACUUAAGGAUCAAGUUGUAUCUGAGGAAGUACUGUCUACUAGGGUUGUGACGAGACUGGUAUCUCACGAGACGAGACGAGACUCGAGAUUGAGUUCACGAGACGAGACAAGAUGGCGAAAUACAUGACUAGAAAAAAUAUUCUC